UAUAGCAAACCCUUGCUUCAAAACAAACACAUCACCUAGCUUCUCAAUUCAAUACAAUCUUCAUUCAUUCAUACAUCAACUAAUAAACCAUCAUGUGUUCUUCAAACUCCAAACAACUCCAAUCAAAUGAUGUCACUACUUCAGCCACCACAACCGCUACCAUUUCCGAUAUCAAUGGCCGCCCGGUCCUUCAACCAGCCACAUAUUCAAACCGAAACUCACCACUUUUCGAACGACGUUCCCUAAAAAAAACCCUCUCCCUACCAAAAUCCAUCACCAUGAUUCCCUCAGCUCCAACAACUACUACUACUAAGACUAACCAACCUCCAGUUUCCCCUAAACUAAAAUCGCCACGACAACCAGCGGUUAAACGUGGCGGUAACAACCAUGCAAAUGACAUGAAUUCGAGCUCCGACAAGCUUAUACUUCCUUUACCAACCAAAUGCAACAAUACUCCCAAAUCCGUAAUCCCGGUUAAGAAAUAUAAAAAAUGUAGUAACACUGCUAGUGGUGAUUAUGAUCACCUAGUUUUACAUAAUUCAUCAGUAGGAGAUGCUACUACAAGUCCGAAUUCUAUGGUGGUGAAAUAUUCGUCACAAUCAAUUGUGGAUUCGCCAGGAAGUAUAGCGGCCGCAAGGAGAGAACAAGUGGCUGUGAUGCAAGUUCAAAGGAAAAUGAGAAUUGCUCAUUAUGGUCGAUCUAAAUCUUCCAAGUUUGAUAGCUACUCUAGUAGUCAUAAGCUAACAUCUUAUACUUGUGACCCAACUUCAUUUACUAACAAUAAAGAAGAGAAACGAUGCAGCUUCAUCACCCCUAAUUCAGACCCUAUAUAUGUUGCAUACCAUGACGAAGAAUGGGGAGUUCCUGCUCAUGAUGAUAAGGUGUUGUUUGAACUAUUAGUUCUAACUGGUGCUCAAGUUGGAUCGGAUUGGACUUCUGUUCUAAAGAAAAGACAACACUUUAGGGAAGCUUUCUCGGGAUUUGAUGCGGAUAUUGUGUCGAAAUAUUCAGAGAAAAAAAUCACAUCUAUUAGUAGUGAAUAUAGUAUUGAAGUUAGUCUUGUCCGAGGUGUGAUUGACAAUUCUAAAGCCAUUAUUGAGAUUAAUAAGGCACAUGGAUCUUUCAACAACUACAUUUGGGGAUUUGUUAACCAUAAGCCAAUCGCGACACAAUACAAGUCAAGUCACAAGAUGCCGGUAAAAACAUCAAAAGCAGAAGGCGUAAGCAAAGACAUGGUGAGAAGAGGAUUCCGACAAGUGGGCCCCACUGUUAUCCACUCGUUUAUGCAAGCAGCCGGUCUCACAAAUGACCAUCUCACCACUUGCCCUCGUCACCACCAAUGUAUCGCAUUAGCAUCCUCAUCAACUACGUCAAAGCCUUUAGUUUCUGCCAAUUAAAUCUAUCCUUACUAGUUAAUUAGUGCCCGCAAUUAACAUGUUUUAUUUGAUCUCUAACAUGACAUACCACCCUUUUUCAAAUUUUCGAAUUGCGGUUUGUAUUUUGCUGAUGAUGUUGAUUACUAUUUAUGUAAA